AGAUCACCUGAGCACGCGAAUGCCUCCCUUGAUACCUGUAUCUUGAGAUAGCUUAGAUGUCGCGUAUAGAACCCCACAGACGCGACGGCUGCCUGGAACAUGACGUUAAUUAUUUGAUGCCAAUAAACCACAUUUUCCCGUCAGCGAAUCUCUCAACAAAACCCUUCAUCACUACUUAAUCCUUGUCGAGCCACAGUCUCUUUCAACUCAAUUGAAGUGCUGUUUGUCAUUUCAUUCUACGCAGGCCACACACGCCCUUGUCAGUAUGGCCGAUCGAUGGAAUCCUGAACGCAGGGAUGAAGAGGAAGAGGAGGAUGAGGGAGACGAGUUCAAUGAGACUCACUACAAGGCUCAGAAAGAUGCACUUAUCUUCGCAAUCCAAGUGAGCGAUUCUAUGCUGCAACCGCCUCCUAAGAGUGAGGAUAAGAAAGCCAGUCAGGAUUCUGCAGCAUUGACUGCAUUGAAGUGUGCCUAUCAAGUGAUGCAACAACGCAUCAUCUCUAAUCCGAAGGAUAUGAUCAGCAUUGUUCUUUUCGGCACAGAGAAAACGAAAGUGACCGACAUCAAGCUUCCAGACUCUCACUGCUAUUUGCUUACGGAUUUGGAGGUUCCCGCGGCCGAUGAUGUGAAGGCUUUGAGAGGAUUGGUAGAGGAAGGCGAGGACGCGGAUGAGAUCUUAGUUCCGUCUAAGCAGCCCGCAGACAUGGUUAUGUUACUACGGUUGGUGCUUCAUCUCUUCCAAACAAGAGCACCCAACUUUGGAUCCAGAAGGCUCUUUAUCAUCACUGAUAACGACGAUCCUUGUGCCGGCAUGAAGAGAAAUCCGUCCUGGGAUCCUGCUGUCAGAGCUAAAGAUAUACACGACCAUGGCUGCACUAUCGAGCUCUUCCCCAUCAGUCAUGGCGAUUCUAAAUUUGAUACCAGCAAAUUUUACGAUGAUAUCAUAUAUCACGAUCCAGUCCUUGAUGAAACAAAUCCCGGGAGAGUUACGCCAGCAGCCAAGUCCCAUGAUGGAUUGAAUCUACUCAACUCUCUCAUCUCCAACAUCAAUUCUAGACAAACUCCUAAACGAGCAUAUUUCAGUGCCAUGCCCUUCGAAAUCGGGCCUGGUCUCACCAUAUCAGUCAAAGGGUAUAACAUCAUUCAGAAGCAAACGCCUGCCCGGAGUUGCUACAUAUGGCUCGAGGGGGAGAGGCCACAGGUUGCUGUGGGUGAGACUGCUCGUUUGGCAGCGGAUAGUGCUCGAACAGUUGAGAAAUUCGAAGUCAAGAAAGCAUACAAAUUCGGCAAUGAAUAUGUUUACUUCAUGGACGAAGAGCAAAAAUCUAUAAAACAGUUCGGUAACCCUUGCAUCCGAAUCAUCGGGUUUAAGGACCGAUCGUUGUUGCGAUUCUGGGCUUCUAUCAAGAAGUCUACCUACAUCUUUCCGAGUGAGGAUGGCUAUGUUGGGUCAACACGUGUUUUUACGGCUCUAUGGCAAAAGCUGCUCAAAUCGAGAAAGGUCGGUGUUGCUUGGCACAUUGCGCGGAAAAACGGAAAUCCUCAGCUGGUCGCUGUUAUUCCGUCUCGAGCAACUUCUGAUGAGAAGUCGGGCACUCAGUAUAUACCUGCAGGGCUAUGGCUAUAUCCCAUUCCUUUUGUAGACGAUGUACGUGACGGACCCGAAACAGGGAAGGUUAUUCGGACAACCAACGCGUUGACCGAUAGGAUGAACAAGGUUGUACAGCAGUUGCAGUUGCCAGGCGGUGCCUACAACCCAGCAAAAUAUCCCAACCCGGCACUUCAAUGGCACUACAAGAUACUCCAGGCGCUUGCGUUAGAAGAUGUUGUUCCUGAACAACCUGAAGACGCCACUGUACCCAAAUAUCGGGCGAUACACAAGCGUUGCGGUGGAUAUAUUCAGGAAUGGUCUCAAGUGGCAGAUGACGUGCUUGGUCAGAUUCAAGAACAGAAAAAGAUCAAGCGGGAAUUUGAGGCGGACAAUGAGGAAGACGAACCUCGCCCAGUCAAGAAGGCGAGGGCCACAACAACGAAAGACAAGAAUAUGGGUGAGGAUGGACUAAGCAACGCGGAGCUACGACAACGUUACGAUGCAGGCACGUUGACGAAACUCACUGUGGCAGAGCUCCGAGGUGCCAUGGCCGGCCGUGGUCUCGAUACUAAAGGACUGAAAAAAGACUUGGUAGAGAGGCUGGAGCAGUGGGUUGAAGAUAACGUGUAGAACGAUGUGUUUAACGGUUAGGAGCGGCGUUUAUGGUUUAUUUUCGACUACCUACACGGUAAGUAGGUAGUUAGAUGUAUUCCCGUUUCUAUUUUGUAGGGGAGUAAUUCAGAAUGCUCUCUGUAUUAGUAGUAGAAGGAACCUCGAGCGAGGUCUUGUUGAUGGAGUAAUAUCUAGCCAUCAUUUGAAGCCUCUCCUCAGCACCUAAUAGCUAGCACCGCCUAGCAACUACCUACAUAUUGCUUGCUUCAUUACGCGCCUAUUGUCGCUUUUCAAGUUGAUGCUCAACUCGCGUGUAUAG